CAGUAGGCUGUCCCCGCUAAAAUAUGUUUGUUUUAUUUUUCAAUAAUUUGUUGUUAGAGUUUUGCUUCCACUUUGAAAUUAGAGUAUUUUGUCUAGAUUGUUGACCAAAAAUUACAAUGAAAUCCAUUUUAAUCACACACAAAAGUUGAGGGGUGUAUAUACAUUCUGUACACACUGUAUCGAUGCUUUAAAAAGUGUGAUGCGUCUUGCUGUCUUCAGAAGCCAACUCCAAUCUCUCUGUGGUUUGUGGGUGGAAGCACAUCAUGCAUCUUUUUUGAGCUAGCUCUCAUGUGUAUGACAGUUUAACUUUUGAUCGGUCUGGCAAGCUAUGGCAUGAUGGUAAACUGGCUGAUUUUUAAGAGAAAUUCCACAGAAAAACUGUUAUUCUCAAGAUGUCCCCUCCAACUGGUUAUUCUCCUAUUGACCUUGAGCACCACAACACAUUCAGGCAGGCCUGAAGUCCCAGGAGAAGGUAUAUGGGCUAUAUUAAACAAACCCAUACAGUUUUCUGGAUCCAGUAUACCUUUGAAACUAAUCAAAACAGUGGAAUGGCGUCACAAAAGUGGAAACUCCCAGACAUUCUGUCUUCUCCAUAAAAUGGAUGGGAACAUCACCAACAUAUUUCCUGCAUGCAAUGGCACUGCACACUUCCUUUCCCACAAUAAAACCUUUGUUCUAUACUCAGUGAGGGCAGAGGAUGAAGGUGUCUAUGAAGAAAGAGUGAUUUAUAAGAAUAACACUAUGGUCUCAUUAAAUAUAUCACUGUCAAUAAUUUCUCCUCCCUCCACCCUGCACAUCAGCGUAAACUUCUCCCAUGCGCUGCUAACAACGACCUGUGAGGUCAAGGGGUCAAACCUCUCCUAUUGGUGGCUGAAGGAUGACCAGCCCUUCCUCACGGAUUCCAGAUUGUUAUUGGGUGAGAGAAACCAAACCUUACAGGUGAACAACCUGACCAAGGCUGACUGUGGGAAAUACACCUGCUUGGUGGCCAACAAGGCAGGCCUGUCACGGGGCCACUUCCAACUCACAGAUAACCAAUCCUCUGUGUGUAAGGAUGGAAUUGUCCGAGCCACACUGCCGAUAGGCCAGAGAGAAGUUCUAAUCAUGGUAAUAUUGGGCAUCUGCAUAUUCGGCCUGCUCAUCAUCAUUGCCUGCAUCAGGAGAUAUCACCAGGAAAUACGGAAGCAUCUGGCAGGACUUUGCAACAAGGAGCAGCAUCCUGUCAGAAACAGGAGAGGAAGGAGAGACAGAGACACCCCUGUGUCCGAAAAUCAUGUGUAUGAUGAGAUUGGAGAUGAAGAGGAGCAGCUUGAACAAGAGGUGGUGAUCCCAUUGCCAUGCGUCUACACAGACUUCCUUCCAAACAGAAAACAAGCAGAGCCCCUAAAGGACUUUGGGUACUCCACCAUUGGGCCAGCUAGCCUAAGCGGAGUCACAGUGAUCGAGGCAAGCGAACAAGGUCUUGAAUGUAGGUUCCAAGUGGAGACAGCGUAGCAUACUAAAAAUAUCGAAUAAAAUUGUAUUUGUCACAUGCGCCGAAUACAAUAGGUGUAGACUUUACCAUGGGAUGCUUAGUUACGAGCCCUUUCCCAACAAUGCAGAGUUAAAAACGUAAGAAAAAUCUGCUAAAAAAAGUAAAUAGUAACAAAAUAAAGACUAUAUAUUAUUUAUUUUUAUUUCAACUUUAUUUAACCAGGUAGGCUAGUUGAGAACAAGUUCUCAUUUACAACUGCGACCUGUGACGACCCUCCCACU